AUGCGAAAACCACAUAACGAUAAGUCUAGGAUCAAAACGUGCACACAUGGAGUGGAAAAGAAAAAACGAACGGAACCCCGUGAAAGCCAAACCCCGUUUGUCUGUAGGGACACUGUUGUGCAUGGUUUUCCUUGGAUUGGACGGUUCCUAUUGUUGGAUUUCUUCACGGAUGUCAGACCAUUAACACAACUUAAUACCGCUGUCUCUUGGAUCAAGGUCACAUUGGCAACACAGCAACUUAGCAGACCGGCCACAACUACUCCUCGUCAUUACCCAUUCCUUCUAAACGUGGUGCAGCAUUUGGAUGGCUUCUGA